CGCAGCCUGCGAUCCUUUUAAAAAAGACGCCACGGAACCUCUCUGCACUGCAGUUUCAUUCAGUAACGUUACUGUGAAUAAGAAACAAUGGCUCCUGUUUCAGUAAAAAGCGUUUUAAUAAGUGAAAGCGUCGAUCCGUGUUGCAAAAUCAUACUGCAGGAAAACGGCAUAGAUGUGACGGAGAAACCGCAGAUGAGUAAAGAGGAGUUGCUUGCAGAGAUUCAGAAAUAUGACGGAUUGGUUGUCCGAUCAGCAACCAAAGUUACAGCUGACGUCAUCAAUGCUGGUAGUAACUUAAAGAUCAUUGGACGGGCUGGAACAGGAGUUGACAAUGUGGACGUGGAUGCGGCGACCAAAAGAGGAAUCAUUGUUAUGAACACUCCUAAUGGAAACACGAUCAGUGCAGCUGAACUGACUUGUGCUCUUUUGAUGAACCUGUCAAGACAUAUUCCACAAGCUGCUAUGUCAAUGAAGGAUGGACACUGGGAUCGUAAAAAGUUCAUGGGUGUGGAGUUGUCUGGAAAAGUUCUCGGUAUUUUGGGGCUUGGAAGAAUCGGUAAAGAGGUGGCAACAAGAAUGCAGUCGUUCGGUAUGAGGACCAUUGGUUAUGACCCCAUAACUCCUCUGGAAGUUUCAGCAAGCUGGGGAGUGGAGCAGAUGUCCCUGGAGCAACUUUGGCCUCAGUGUGAUUACAUCACAGUCCACACCCCACUCAUGCCUGCCACCACAGGUCUCCUUAAUGAUACCACGUUUGCUAAAUGUAAGAAAGGUGUAAAGGUGGUAAACUGUGCUCGUGGGGGUAUCAUCGAUGAAGCAGCCCUGCUGCGAGCUCUGGAGUCGGGGCAGUGUGGAGGAGCGGGACUCGAUGUGUUUGUAGAGGAGCCUCCAACGGAUCGGGCGCUGGUAAAUCACCCCAAUGUCAUCGGCUGCCCUCAUUUAGGUGCCAGCACUAAAGAAGCUCAGGCCAGAUGUGGAAAGGACAUCGCUUUGCAAAUUGUAGACAUGGCCAGAGGCAAAGCUUUAGUGGGAGCUGUGAAUGCUCAAGUUUUGGCCAAUACAUUUUCACCUGACUCUCAUCAGUGGAUCAAACUGGGCGAGUCUCUGGGUCGAGUGUUAAAGGCUUGCACAGCUUCUAAACAACCGUAUAGUCAGGUUCAUGUUGCAUCACUCGGUGAAUGCUUGAAGAAGUCAACUGGGUUUCUGAGCUCAGCAGCUGUAGUUGGUCUGCUUAAAGAAGGUCCUCAGUAUGGACCCAACCUGGUGAAUGCACUGCCCUUAGCAGCUGAGGCAGGAAUUACAGUAAAGACAGCUCAUGAGGAGUCAGGUGCUCGUGAGGCCUGUGUGGUGGAGGUCUCCAUGAACGGGAGUAGCUAUAAGGCUGUCGGUUCGGUUCAGGCUGGUGUUCCCGUGCUGUUGGAGUUCAAUGGAAGUGUGUUUCGACAGCCCGUUCCUCUCACUGGACACCUGCUUUUCUUCAAGGCUACGACCUCCACUGAGCUCCUGCUCUCAGUAACUGGAGUUUUGGCAGCUGCAGGUGUGGAUAUGGAGUCCUUUAGUGCCUCUACUGCCAUCAGUGGUGAUACCUGGUACUGCAUGGGAAUAUCCUCACUGCUGGGAGAUAUUGGUGCUUUAAAGUCUUUAGUGAAAGAGGCUGCACAGCUCACUGUCUGAAUACCUAUGAAGAAUUUUGAUAGGAACCACUUAAUGUUGUAGCAUCUUAAGUUCUGGCCGGCUUGUGUUUCAUUCCAUUGUAUUACUCUGUUACAUGUUCACGUUAACACUAAGUGUCUGUUGACAUUUUUAUUUACGUACCCUGUUUACUAAAACCACUUAUUUGUAUUGAAAAAAAAAAUGUGAAAGUGCUGGAUUAAAACAGCUGUUAGCUCUUUGCAUUGGUUAGGAGCAUUAUUUUUGGCACUGCACAAAAGGGAUUCGUGCCAUUUAGAUGUUAUUACUAUUAAAUGGCAUCAUCAAAUUUCCAUAUUUUAAAAUGACAAUGCAGACAUUACAAUAAGCUAAAUCUUUUUUUUUAUUGUUUUUUUAGUGUUUAGUUAUUUUCAUAACAAAUGGGUAGUUCGGGAGGCUUCAAAUAUUAUUGUGUAAAUUGGGGUGGUGGGGCUUAAAGUGAAAAAGGUUGAGAUUCACUACUUAAUUCAAUAAAUUCAAUUAAACUAACCCUUUUUAUUUCAAGCUGUGUUGGCAAAAACAAAAAUCUGUAAGCUUUACAAUGUGAUAUUAAAAAGCUUGUGUAUAUGUUGUUGAAAUAUGUUGAUGAGGUCACCCUUGAAAAAUGUACAUCAACAAAUCAACUUUUUUUGUCAGUAUUUAUGACCCAAAAUGCAGUAACAAAAAUAAGAAAUGUGUUUAAAUCAAGGAAAAUAAUUUUUUAUUCUUAAAUAAAUAAAAUGAAUUGGAAAAGCA